AUGAAUCCUUCCAACCCACCCCAAGCUGCCGAAUACGGUGGAGAUGAGGUCUCAGCCAUUGUUCUCGAUCCGGGCUAUUCAACCACUCGCGCUGGCUUCGCAGGUGAAGAUGCUCCCAAGUCUCUAAUGCCAACAUAUUACGGCAAGUACAACGCCGAUGGCCAAGAGAAAUUUGUCUAUGGAGAUGAUAUUUUUGUCACGCCACGUCCCGGUUUGUCCAUCUACAACCCGAUUGGCAAGGAUGGAAUCGUCGAGGACUGGGAUAUGGCGGAGAAAGUCUGGGAGUACUCCUUCACUUCGCGACUUACCGGCGCGAAGCCAGGCAAUCCUUUCCAGAAUGGCCUAAACGAUAUCUCCGCUGAGGAGCUCCCCACAGAGAUGGAGGUCGAGACGGAAGAGAAGCCUUUGGCCGACAGCCCAUUGUUGAUGACAGAGCCUGGCUGGAACCCGGCCAAGGCACGCGAGAAGACCAUUGAGAUUGCGAUGGAGAAAUGGGGUACCCCGGCCUUUUACCUGGCUCGGAACGGUGUACUCGCAGCUUUUGCUUCUGGUAAAGCCUCCGCCCUCGUUGUCGAUAUCGGCGCUUCGAAUAUCUCCAUCACCCCAGUUCACGACGGCAUGAUCCUGAAGCGCGGAGUGCAACAUUCCCCGCUGGGUGGUGACUACAUCUCCUCGCAGAUCCGCGCACUGUUCAAGAAGAACUCCCCGCAACCAAUCACCAUCACACCUCACUACCUGAUCAGCUCCAAGACAGCUGUCGAAGCUGGCCAAGAGCCCCAGGCCAGGUACAAGACUUUCGCCGCCGACAAGGCACCAGAUGCCUCGUACCGGGCUCUUCUGGAAGAACGCACCAUCGGUGAAUUCAAGGAGUGUGUCGUCCAGGUCUGGCCUGGUCCUAACAAGCUCUCUAAUAAUGGUCCCAACGGUAUUCCCAACGAAGAGGCUGCUCGUGCAUCGCCCGGUCGUCCGUUCGAGUUCCCAGAUGGCUACAAUCAGAUCUUCGGUGUUGAUCGCUUCCGCGUUGUUGAAUCCUUGUUCGAUGCUAAAGCCGCUAUUCCUGAUCCUGACUCGCCUUUCCCAGCCCCUACACCUGCCCAGACUCUUCCUGAGUUGAUCAAGGCUUCGCUUAGUGGUGUGGAUGUCGAUAUCCGUCCUCACCUCCUGUCUAAUGUGGUUGUAACGGGUGCCUCUAGUCUGCUCUACGGCUUCACGGAUCGUCUGAACCAAGAAUUAAUGGCUCAAUUCCCUGGACCGCGUGUUCGUAUCUCGGCUCCUGGAAAUACUGCUGAGCGUCGAUUCGGUUCCUGGAUUGGAGGAAGUAUCUUGGCUAGUUUGGGUACUUUCCACCAGAUGUGGAUCUCCAAGAAGGAGUAUGAAGAGCACGGUGCGAACAUUGUGGAGAAGCGUUGCAAAUAA